AUGACGACUUCGACGAAUAUUCAAGAAUACUUCUGUAAAAUCGUGAAAGGAGACGAAGACAUCUCAGUAGGAGUAGCUGCUAUUCGAUCACUAAUGGAAAUUAUAAAAUAUUCGAAAUCGGAGACCGUCCAAGAAUUAGAAGCGAAUUUAAAAGAAGCCAUUCAAGCGAUGAAAAACACCAAUUUCACCGUGGCAGCCAUAAAUUCAGCAUGCGAAUUGUUCAUUCGAUUCAUCACCCUAGCCGCCUUGGAUACUCGCGAGUUCGAGAAAUGUAAGAAAAUUAUGUUAGACCGGGGACACUUGUUUAUCAAAAAAUUAGAGGAGGCCCGUGGAAAAAUCGUCAAACUGUCCGCCAAUUUCAUCGAAGACGGCUGUGUGAUAUUAACUCAUUCUAGGUCGAGAGUGGUCCUCCAAACGUUGCGGAAAGCCAGCAAACAGAACAAAAAGUUCGAAGUAUUCGUCACGAUAUCCGCCCCCGAUAACAGCGGGGUACAGAUGACGAGAGACCUAGAAGCAGAAGGGAUCCCCUGCACGUUGAUCCUCGACGCAGCGAUCGGCUACAUAAUGGAACGAGUGAACUUCAUCAUGGUGGGAGCCGAAGGCGUCGUGGAGAGCGGCGGCAUAGUCAACAAAGUCGGCAGCUACACCAUGGCUGUUUGCGCCAAGGAAAUGAAAAAACCCUUCUACGUUCUAACGGAAAGCUUCAAGUUCACCCGACUGUUCCCGUUGGGCCAGCAGGAUCUCCCCGAAGAGUACAAAUACACCUCGGACGUUCGAAUGAACAACAACUUAACCAAAAUGCAUCCUCUAGUUGAUUACACACCACCCUCGUACAUCACCUUAUUGUUCACCGACUUGGGAAUUUUAACCCCAUCGGCUGUUAGUGAUGAACUUAUAAAACUUUACUUAUGCGGCGGUUCGUUGAUACACCCCCAAGUGGCGGUAACCGCAGCCCACUGCGUGAACAGGAAAGGGCCGUUCAACGUGAGAGCGGGCGAAUGGAACUGGCAGAUCGAAUCCGAGCCCAUUCCGCACCAAGACAAGACCGCCAAGAAGGUGAUCAUCCAUCCGAGCUUCCAUCCCCCAUCGCUGCGCAACGACAUAGCGGUUUUGAUCCUGAAAUCGCCGUUUAAACUGACGGAGAACAUCGGCCUCAUCUGCCUGCCGGCGCGAGGCGUCCGGUUCGACAUGCAGGGCUGCGUGGCGGCCGGCUGGGGCAAGAACUCGUACAAAAAGGGCACGUACCAGUCGACUUUGAAGAAGAGCUUGCGAGACGCCCGAUUGGGGCCGUUCUUCAAGCUGCACAGGAGCUUCAUUUGCGCGGGGGGCGAGGCUAAUAGGGAUACGUGUAAAGGCGACGGGGGGAGUCCCUUGAUGUGCCCCAUCGUCGGCCGGCCUGAUAAGUACCAUCAAGUUGGUAUUGUUUCGUGGGGUUUGACCUGCGGGCUCCAGAACACUCCCGGUGUGUAUGUUAACGUGGAGAUGUUCACCAAAUGGAUAGACUACGUUUUGAAAUCGAACGGUUUCGAUACGACGGUUUAUAAAUCAAAGAACGUGGGAAGUUUGUAA